AUGGAAUCCGGGAAUCCUUCAAACGAAAGCCAAGAUCUACCUCCACAGCUACAAAGAACCAUGGAAGAUAUCAUAACAGGGCAGUAUUUAAACGCUCUCCUCAAUAUUCUUAAUUUCCAAAGCUCCAGUAUUUGGACCAAAGAUCUCUUCAAUCAAAUUAUGACACAUUGCCAUGCUCAGAAUUUUCCAAUUACUUAUGGCAGCUUACAGGUGGAAUCAAUCAGCAGUUAUUUUGAACAUCUUUUCCACAACCCCAGAAGGUUGCUUUCGAUCUUUCGGGAUAUGAGUCCUGAGGAUUUUCAAGCAGCCAUGAAGUACCUCUUUGGAAGGACCCAGAAGUAUUUGGAUCUGGGAAAUAUCCUAAUCGAUCUACAUGGAAUAAGAAAGAGACUUUUCCAAAGUCCUGGAGGGAACCGUACCUUGGUCCUUAUUACGUUAGAAAAGUGCUUUGGGCUCCUCAAUUCUGCUGAAUGCGUGGACAUCUUAAGGCAGAUCCUUCAAGCCUCUUCGGCCACCUAUCUCCAAGCCCACAACGUGGCAAGCUUCCCUCAAGAUCUUCAGAAAGAGGCUUUCCGGAAUCUAUCAACAGUCUUCAAAGACCUGUAUGACAGGCUAACGACAAGCUCUCAAAGGGCCGUGUACGAGUGGAUGAUGCAGAACCUACAAACAUUCGACAACACCAGCGACAAUUCCAUGUCUUGGGUCAGCGCUGAAAACCUGUGGAUUCUCGGGAGGUAUAUGGUUCACCUCCCCCUUGAAGAAAUCCAGAAAAUUAACCCGUAUGAAAUGUGGCUGUUUGCCAGCUACGACAAUGCAACCAAACAACUGGAUAUGGUGUACGAUAUCACACCGGAUCUUGCGCGAGCUUUCCUGGAAAGAAUCAACGCAUCUGGCUUCGAUAUGAGGAACAUAUCCACUUUGUACAGGCUUGGUUUGCUGGUUUGCUUCUACCAUGAUUUGGCAGAGAUGGAUUCCACCAUGGCUCGGGCCUUGCUUCACCAGAUGAUUAAAUGUCACCAGUUAAGAAGCUUCCAGGCCAAUGUGCAGAAGCUGAAGGCCCAACUUCUCAACGUUGCUGUCCAAAACCAGACUUUGAAUGACGUCCUCGGCACCCUCUCUGAUGCUGUCGUGGGUCUUGCAACCAGCCAGCUGGAAUCUCUGUCCCCCACAGCUGUGCACGCUGCCAUCUCCACCUUAAACCAAGUCUCCAGGUGGGCCAAGAGCCAAACUAUAAUUCUAUCCAGCAAGUACCUGCUUUACGAAAAGGCAUUGUCGUUUCACAAUGUUAGCCAAAUGGGGGCUUUAGCACCUGGAAUCGACACCCCGUCCUUCUACAAUAUGAACCCCAGCGAACUCUCUCAGGCCAUACCGAGUGUCUUGGCACACCGGGCACUGGAUCUGUCCCCAGCUCAAAGACAAGGAAUCUUCCGGAAGAUCCUGGCCUCUGUGCCGCUCACGUCGGUGCUCACCGAUCUGCCUAGUGCCUUUUUUACUGAGGUCUCCUUGUUCGAUUUAUGGAAGGCAGGAAGCUUCAAUGCGUCACUGGUGGGGGGAAAAGAGCUGAGAGCAAGCCAGGCUUUGUUUCUGUAUGAUUUAUUGUCAAGGAAAACGUCUCUGUCUGAUCUCUUAAGUCAUGGACAGCUGUUGAAAGGACUGACCUGCCGGCACAUUGAGAACCUGAGCCCAAUCUCUUUUCUGAACCUUUUCCACAUAUUUGAAAAGCACCUUCGCCUGCUGUCUUCCUUCCAGGUCAAUUGUUUGGCUUGGAAAUUCUGGACAAUUUCCGAAGCAUCUGUCCCUGCCUACCUCUUAGCUGUGCUUCCUGCUGAGUUCCUGGAAUCUGUCGCCGGAUCCCGCUGUGUCCCUUUUCUGAUCAGUUUGGGAAAGGCGGGCCUUGAUCAUCUCGUCUGGAGCGAGCAGAAGAAGGGAGUUCUCUUGCAGAAAAUCCAGAGAUGCUUAGAAGGUUCGGUGGCCGAUGAAUAUACUGUGGACUUGUUGGGCAAUCUCCUUUGCCAUUUGUCCCCCACGUUCAUCUGUCGAGGGGUCUCCCCAGAAGUUAUGACAGUCAUCCUCCAUCGAUAUAGUCAGUGCCCCCAUCUCAGCUACGAGCAGAAGAUGGAAGUUCAGCAGAAGCUGAUUGCAUUGCACGGCUCCCCAACAAACUGGACAGUUGAAACAAUUAAGGACCACGGAGCUUUUAUGGUGUUAUUGCCAAAGGAUGACUUGAUCGCCCUGCUUGAAAAGUUUCCUGACUUCGUCUCGGAAGUAGCAUCGAAAACAUCCCAACGGCUCUCUGCCCCCAAGCAAUUUCUCUUAGCUCAAUUUGAAUCCCUUUAUGCCUCCAGAAUUCGAAUCCAAACCUCUAAUUCAACUCCCGACUGUGAAGAUGUCGCGGCCCCCUCUUCGGAUGAGAUUAUACAAUUAUCAGAAGCAAACAUGUUUUGGUCCAUCCAGGAACUAAACUGCAUGGAAAGCGGGACCUUCUCCCAAACGGUGGAAAUCCUUGGCCAAGUGCGCAAUUUUAACACCUCGCAGCUUGCAGUCUUGAAGGAAAAAGCUAAACAGGCUUGGGGUCCGCCAGAACACUGGAAAAGAUACCACAUUGUCUCCCUGGGUUGCAUUGUCACAGCGUUGAACGAGAAGGAAAUUGAAAUGCUGGAUCUCAGCUUGAUUGACACCGUUUCAGCCUUGACACAACAAACAGCCUGGGAUCCAUCUCAGGCGAAAUCUAUUUUACAAGGUUUUCUGGAUGAUUCGGGACAAGAGAUAGCCAGUCUCAAAAGCUUCGAUCUGGUUGCUCUUGAUGCCACUCUUUGCACCUUAAACGCGACAGAGGUUGCAUCCAUCAACGCCACCGAAUUCAGUGUGGUUUUAGCCAGACUGAGUUCUUUGCCGUGUAGCACAAGGACUCUGGGAGAAUUUAAAAAGAAAGUCGAAUCUGUAUUUGGGAGCCCAACGAAAUGGAACCCUGCAAUUCUGCAAGAAAUUGGGACUAUUGCUGCUGGCUUAAACGAGAAGGAAUUAAGAGCCCUCGAUCACGAAUUGAUGGCUUAUUUCCAGCCUGCGGCCAUCGCGUCCAUCCCCAGUGACAUCUUUAAAGAACUGUCUCCAGAGCAGCUUGCAAACCUUGGUCCAGAAAAUGCAGCCAGGACGACGGAUUCGCAGCGGCAACAUCUGAGUGAACGGCAGUUUCAGAGUCUCCAACUAGCUUUAGAUGGGGGAAGGAGGAGAAUCCGAGAAGUAUCCUUGAAUGAAAGUACAAUCGACCCAACAUCUGGACCUCUUUUGAACGCAAAAACAGCUGUGGAGCGACACGCACAACGCUUCAUUAAUUCCUCUUCUUCAGCACAGCUUCGAUGA